AUGAUUGAUUCAACAAACCGAAUGUCUUAUAUGCGCGAAUGUGCGCUCAUUCUCGCUUCGGCACCUCCUGUCUUCGCCGCAGCUGUGGAUGGAACUCUCGUAAGUCGACUGAUGUCGGACACUGACUUUGAGAAACAAUAUGCAGCUGUUCUGGACCGAGCGUACCGCCAGCCUUCCAUCUAUGCACAAUUCCUUACCGAUAGAUAUGGCAAGCCACCCAGCGCCAACCAUUACCUAACUAUCCGCGAUAUGGUAGCCGACUACCUUGCACAAGGAGAGGCGUCGGAGCAUGCAUGGCAACUAGACAACAUUUCGCCCCCUUUCAUAACGAAACAAGCAUCCAUAAAAGGCUAUCGCAAGUACUUACAUACAUGCAAUCGCUCAGCCAAACGUGUGGAGGCCCUUCAACGCUUCUGUCAUGGUGUCCAAGCACGAUGGCUCGAGACACCAGAAUCACUACGCGACACGCCGUUCAAAUACCCUCCUGGCAUAUUUGAGCAGCACUUUACCAUGCAUCAGUUCAUCAUCUACCUCAUCUUCCAACCAGAUCAGGCAGCUAUUGCAGAAAUAUUCUGUUCUGGGCUUCUCCAAGUCUGGGUUGAGAAUGGUGGCGGUUUCAACGCUUACCCGGCUGGGCGCAGCGUGGAAAGCGCGAGGAGAGUGAGUGAUGUUGAAUGGGGUUUGCAUGAGAAGCAUGCGAGGCUGAAGUCUUUGCUUGUCGAGAACUUGAGGCUUCAGCAACAGCGGGCUGGUGAGUGGCGCAAAGCGCUGGAGUGGGACGAUGGAGCUGCAGAGGAUGAAGAGGCAGCCACAAAGUCUGUGGAUCAGGUUGAAGAGGACUGCAUGACGAACACUUUCUCACCUGUGGACCUUCAAAACCCGCCUACAAAUCUAUUUAAAGGACGCUCAGUACCUUACGAAAGCUUGUUCUCCCUUAAUUCUCGAUUUGACAGUCACUCUAUCCUCUCCACACAGUACAACACUCCAACAUCUCCACUACACCACGGAAAAAUGUCUUCCAACCCCAAUCCCACCAACGGCACGAACGGCACCACCUCCUCCGAAAACGCCAAAUACUACCACAACUCAGUCGAACUCGCAGACCUAGGCCGCGCCCGCUUCGACCAAGACGUAGCCGCAAUCGGCGACCGCGACGUCGCACUCAUGACCCACGGCCCCGUUCUCGCGCCCAUCGGCCGCGCCCCCCGCGGCAUGGAGAGCGCAGUGCACGCCUGGAACACGUUCCAGUACACGACCGACGAAGUCAACGAAAGGGAGGAGCUCAAGGGCGACUUGCACGGUGGACAACUUCAUCGCGAGAACAGGGCGGCACGGGACGGACAGGGUGGCAUGGGGUACAUGGGACAGAUGAUGGGGAGGGGUGGUAGGGGUGGUGGUAGGGGUAGUGCUUGGGGUGGUAGAGGUGGCAGGGGAGGUAGGAAUGCGGCGAGGGAAGAGGUGCAGGAUGAGGGGCUUUGUGCGGGGAGGAAGCCGGAUGUUGAGGCGCCGCCUAUGGCGAAGGGUAUGGCGGAGGAGAUGGACAAGAGUAUGUUUUGGGAUGGGCCGAUCAUUGCCGAGGAGGAGGAGGAUUAG